CUCUUCAACUUUUGUCAAUAUGAUAUUUGGCAAGAGAAAACGACGGGAGCCUUUACCUGAUAACACUAUUGCUUCCCAUGAGAGCCAAAAAUCUAAUUCCAGUGAUAGUGAAGAGUCAUGUGAAAAUGCGGAAGAAUUGCAACAAGAUGAAAGUCUAAUUUUGCAACUUGCAAAGACAACCCAGCAUCCUACAGAAGCAGAUUUAUUAUCAAAGAAGCCACUAUGGAAUGAAGUUAUUGUUAUUGGUGCUGCACAAGGGAAAAAUCCUGGAGGGUCAAAAUUGUGGAAGUGCAAAUAUUGUAAUAAGGACUUUCAAAGCUCAUACACUAGGGUUCACCAACACUUCUUUGGGCCUGGACCAGGGAAGAAAGCUGGCAUUCAACGGUGUCCUACAUUAAUGAAGAAUCGGGAAGAAUAUGAAAGAAUUAGGAGAAAAGUCCAAGCAGCAGAGCAACAUGGUAUAUCUUCAUCCUUAAAAACAUCUACUGUCAACAAGAAGCAGCAGCCUAUGGUUUCAAAACCCAUUGAAGAUUCCUUCCAUAUCCUGGAAAGAGAUUAAGUUGAUUUAAAGGUGAUGAGAGGACUUUGUGCAAAUGGGAUUCCAUUUAAUGUUUUGCGAAAUCCUCAAUUUGUGGAGAUGGUAACAACAAUUAACAAAGCCCCCAAAGGUUACAAAGCUCCAUCUUUUGAAAAGGCAAGAACUGUCUUGUUAGAUGAAUGUAAAAGAAAUGUGGAGAAAGACUUGAGUCCAAUCCAAGACACUUGGUACAGCCAAGGUGUCUCUAUUGUAUCAGAUGGGUGGACAAAUGUCAAGCACAAGCCAUUGAUAAAUGUUCUUGCCGUCAACUCUAGAGGAGCAAUGUUUAUGUAUGCUGAAGACUUCUCUGGAGUUGAAAAAACAGGUUAUGCUAUAGCUAAAUUUCUACUCAAGGCAAUUGAAGAAAUUGGACCAUCAAAUGUUCUUCAAGUGGUGACCGACAAUGCAGCAAAUUGCAAAGCAGCUGGACAUGAAAUUGAGAAGAUAAGUGAAGAUGCAACAGAGCAAAGACUCUUACGUGAUCAAUUUGUCACUUUUCAAAUGAAAAAGGGCAUUUAUGCUAUGCCACAAGCUCAAAUGGAUGCUGUGACAAUGAAUGCUAUUGAUUAGUGGUCUACAUAUGAGUCAGAAACUCCACAAUUAGCAGAGGUGGCUAAAAAGCCUCCAAUAACUGGGUGCACUAGAGCCCAUCGCCAAUGUUUCUGGCCCUAUAGUUCCAAACCCAGAGCGUUCUGAUAGAAUCCAACCAACUGUAUCCAUUGGCACUCUUGUAAUCUUUCUUUCUUUGUUGACUGUCAGGUUUUUUUCAUCCUAACACUAUUGCUCAUAUCAUUUGAUAAAUUGCAGGCUGGAGUUGAGAGCAGCAAGACACCUGAUAUUAAACUAUAGGAUUUCAGAUAGUGUUGACAAAAUUAAAAGCUAGAAGUCCCCUGACAUAGUCUACUCUUCUCAACUAAAAUUUUUGUUAGGCUAUGUUUCCAAAUAAGGGCCAAAGCGGUGACGAUAUUUCAGAUGGGUAUAAUUUUUAUAAACUUCAGUCCGUAAUUGAAAUAUAAUUCAUAUCACCACAUAUCACUAUUUACUG